GCAACGACGCAACGACGCAACGACGCAACGACGCAACGACGCAACCACAUAAGCAUUUUCGGGUCGCACCACCCUAAAAACGAGUUCCAGCUCAUCUGCAACCACCGGAGUAUAUAUAUGUACCUAUUAGUGGCGGACCGACCGCCCACCGCCUUUUCGCCGGUGGGUGGUCGGCAGCGGUAGGGCAUUUCCAGCGGAAAGGCAGAAAUGAAGCAAUUUGUGUUAUCACCACUAAAUACCUGUAGAAUCCAUAAGAUAAAGCUGAUCAGCGUGUUCUACUGCUAAUCCUUUAUCUGACGCUGUAAGAUUCUUAUCUGUAUAGGGUGCAAGUGGAAGAUGGCUGUACGCCUCCUUAUACACCUUAUCUGUCUUCUUUCUAUUCAGCUCUUUACCUUUUUAUCAGCAAUUGAAUAAUUCACAUCUCAUACGGUAAGUAUACCGCUGCCUCUAAGUCUUGGAACCUCUCGCUUAGUGAUUUUACGCUGACAAGGGGCCUGAAUAGCAGUAAUUUUGAUCAAGGGUACUAUUUACAUUUGCCAGGUCUUCAGAUUGACGUUUAUGGUAAUGAAGCAAGCGUUUAAAGCCUACGCCGGGAAGGCCGUGCACAGUUAAUUAGAGGCCGAGAUCUCGAAGGCAACAGUUGCGGCAUCAACACACGUCUUUCUUGUUUCCUAGCUUCUCUAUCAUCGAAUCCUGUCACCCUAAAUGGCCGAGCGCAACUAUAGGCUCUGGUCACCCAUUGACGAACGGAAGCUUUUGCGGUUCCUCAACCGGCAUCGGCACCUCAUGUGGGAGCAGCGAGCCGCAAAGUACUGCUCCGAGGUGAAUGUAGGGCGGACGAUUGAAUCCCUGCGGUCUAAGUACGCUCAACUGCGGAGAGGGAUUAGACGACUUCGGGCAAUCUACCGAAGCCGUUCCUAUCUGAGUCCCUUGACCGCUCAAUUUAUCCACCGCUGGCAGGAGCGUGCGUUGAACGAUCUCUCCGCGAUGCAGGUUCCUGAUCCGCCAGUCCUGGAGUUGAAACCCCGCAGCCAAGACAUACUGGCCAUGUUACGACUCAUAGAGCGGCACCAGCGCGAUCGGCCUUGAACCCCUCCGCCGUCCCAAGGCCCACAGAUGAACAAUGAGCGAUGGAAUGAUUUUGCCGCGGCUCCGCUGCGAAACCAAAAACGCCAAGCCAGGUUGGUGUUCAACGCCCAACAAUAUCUGGCCGGUGCCAUAACGUCCAAGAAGAAAGCGUCCACCAUGUAGCGGAAGGGCAAGAGGGUAUAACAGACUUGCCCAGCUCAAGCUGUUCAGCUCGACUUAUGUCAUCAAUCAGAAACCGGGGGAGGCCUCGUUCCGCCGCAUCACUAGGGCGGCUGAUCCAUCGCCUUACCGAUGGCCCUAAGUCACCGAAGCAAGUGAAAUCCGGGAAAGAACACCAAACGAAUUGGAACCAAAGAUCACAGGAUCAACUACGUCAAUUUCUCAGAGAAAACUGUCUCUUUUUUUCUGAUUUGUAGUCCUCAUUCGAGCAAGAGCUGAUCUACGUCUCAUGUAUAUAUAAUAGACUGAAA